GUCCUCAUCCUCAGCCAGGACAGCUUCUACAAGGUGCUGACCGCCGAGCAGAAGGCCAAGGCGCUGAAGGGACAGUACAACUUCGACCACCCGGACGCUUUUGAUAACGACUUGAUGCAUACAACGCUGAAAAAUAUUGUUGAGGGCAAAACCGUUGAGGUUCCAACCUAUGACUUCGUGACCCAUUCUAGGCUGGCAGAGACGACGGUGGUCUAUCCCGCUGACGUUGUUCUCUUUGAGGGGAUCCUGGUUUUCUACAAUCAAGACAUUCGGGACAUGUUCCAUCUCCGGCUCUUUGUGGACACGGAUUCCGACGUCCGGCUGUCCCGCAGAGUUCUGCGAGAUAUGAAACGUGGGAGGGACCUUGAGCAGAUCCUCACCCAGUACACCACGUUCGUCAAGCCUGCCUUUGAGGAGUUCUGCUUACCGACAAAGAAGUAUGCAGAUGUGAUCAUCCCCCGAGGAGUUGACAACAUGGUUGCCAUAAACCUCAUAGUGCAGCACAUUCAAGACAUCCUAAACGGAGACAUCUGCAAGUGGCAGCGAGGGGCAAUGAACGGACACGGUCGGACCUACAAGCGCCCAUUCCCUGAACAAACAGAGAGCAGCAGCGUGCUAGCGGCCGGCAAACGCUCCCACCUGGAGUCCAGCAGCCGUCCGCACUAACGUCUCGGCGUCUGAAGGAUUUGCCUCUGGUCCAGACCAACACUGAAGACAACUUUGGGAAAGAAGGACUUCAACAGAAUGGUUGGUGAAGUGCCCUUUAAAUCAUCCUAGCA